AGAUUAUCUUUGCAGAUGGACAAAGCAGUAACUGCAGGUCACAGAAAGUUUCCCCUCGGCUGUGAAAUAUCUGGUCUUGUUCUGGUUUGCAGGUAUUUACUGCAGCCGAAAGGCAAUGGAAAUAAGAGCUCAAAGCCGGACGACCUGGGUUCGCUGCGUCUGAAUGUGACCUACACCGAGGACAACGUCCUGCCCUCCGUGUGCUACACUCCACUCCGCACUCUGCUGCUAAAAUUCCCUGAAGUGAAGCCCAUAUCGGCGUCAGCUGCCCAUAUCCUGGGCGAUAUCUGCAGGGAGAGGUACGAGGCCGUCCUGCCCGUCGUGCGUCUCCUCCUGCAUCACAACCGGCUGGUCCCGUUCGUCUCGGCCAUCGCGGAGCUGGAGCUGACGCAGACCCAGGAGGCCAACACCAUAUUCCGAGGAAACUCGCUGGCAACCCGCUGCAUUGAUGACAUGAUGAAGAUUGUGGGGCGGAGCUACCUGACUGUCACCUUGAAGCCUGUGCUGGAUGAGAUCUGUGAAUCCAACAAAUCAUGUGAGAUCGAUCCAGUAAAGCUGAAAGAGGGAGACAAUGUGGAAGUAAACAAGGAGAACCUGCAGCAGUACGUACAGAAGGUGUUCUCCUCCAUCACGCAGUCCAGUGUGAGCUGCCCCCCCCUCAUGUGUGAUGUGUUCAGGUCUCUCAGACAGAUGGCCUCCAAGCGCUUCCCCAACGACCCCCACGUGCAGUACUCGGCCGUCAGCAGCUUCGUGUUCCUGCGCUUCUUCGCCGUCGCAGUUCUGUCGCCGCACACCUUCCAGCUCCGCCCCCACCAUCCUGAGCCAGAGAUUUCCCGCACACUAACCCUCAUCUCCAAAACCAUUCAGACACUUGGGAGCUGGGGCAGCCUGUCCAAAAAUAAACUGUCUAGUUUUAAAGAAUCCUACAUGUACGAAUUCUUCAAAUCAUUCCAAGAAGACAAGUGCAUAGAGGAAGUUAAAAAGUUCUUGGAUGAGAUUUCCUCCAACGUGAACAAAGAAUCGAGUGGAGUGGAAGAUUCUGUUGUUCUGAAGGAAGGGGAGGUGCACAAGCGGGCCCAGGGAAGAAAGCGGAUUGGAAAGAAGAAUUUCAAGAAGAGGUGGCUCCGUGUGACCAACAGGGAGCUGUCUUACCACAAGCACAGGGGGAAAGAGGCCCUGUGUGUCAUUCCUGUGAAGAACAUCCUGGCAGUGGAGAAGCUGGAGGAGAACGCCUUCACCAGGAAAAACAUGUUCCAGGUGAUCCACGGGGAGAAGCCGCUGUACAUCCAGGCCAGUCACUGCGUGGAGGCCAGCGAGUGGAUCGAGGUGCUGAGCCAGGUCAGCCGCUGCAACCCGGGCAGGCUGAGCACCUUCCACCCGUCCGCCUACCUGAGCGGCUCCUGGCUCUGCUGCAAGGGCAUCGGGGAGAACCUGCCCGGGUGCAGGCCCUGCUCCACGACCAUGCUGGUCAACAUCCAGCUGGAUAUCGACUGUGAUCGAGAGAUUGAGAAGAUCUUCUCCCUCUUCUCUUCCAACUACUCCAAGCUGCAGAAGAUGGAAGAUGCCUGUGCCAGCAUCGCAGUGUACCAAGGUCCCCAGAAGGAGCAGGAGGACUACUCCCUCUUCACUAUCCAGGACCCCAAGGAGACCUUCCGCACCAUCCAGGACAUCCGGAAGGUCCUGGCGGACCUGCAGGAUCAGCAUGUUGCCAUCAGCAGCUCCAUCGCCGCCCAUUAUGGCAGCCUGGAUAACCCGAUUGUGGGGAAAACCUCCUAAGGGUGACAAAGGAAGGACUUUGUAAGAUAAAGGACAGCCUGUCCAGCAGAUGGCGGUAUACUCCCAGCCAGAGUUUAACACUGGAGCAACGCAGCGCUGGGAUUUGCGCUGACCAUGCUGCUGCUUCCACCAGGAAGAACGCACACCGCUAGCAUCGAGGUCUCCAAAGGAAAGUGGAAAUGAGGAAGUAGAAAAGGGUCACCUGACCGCUGCAUGGUUCUCUUACUAGUUCCUUCAAAAGCGGCUCCCUUCCGCUUUUUAAUCUGUAAAAGGCAUUUUCAUUUUUCACCAUCUUUCUCUUUCUCUUUUGUUUCAGUUGGAAGAAAAGAUUGUAAUAUACUUGGCAUUACUUAAUUUGAUUACGGUUCGACUCCUCAGUUUUUCUACAGAGCUGUGAAAAGGAGACUUCACACUCAUGUUAUCCUGUGUGAAUAGGCUGCUAAAAUACUUCUUUUUUUUUUUAAAGAGACAUUUUAAAAUCUUAAAAAUCAACAAUCAUGAAGCCGUUUUUACAAUCUCUCGUGUGAUGUUCAAGGGGAGUGACAAUGGAAAUAGUCUGGUACAGAAUCCACAAAGGGAAUGUUCCUCUCUCUUCAGCUCCCCAUCCCCUUCUUUUCUCCUCUCUGCACUUUUGGUACAAGUGCAAGUUUUUAUAGAGUACGAUUUGAGUGGUUACAACAAAUCUGCCUUAUUUUAUUUAUAGAUGUAUAUACAGUGUUUUUUUGUUUUUGCUUUUUUUUGUCUUUUGGGGGAAUGAUGUUGAAGCACUUUAGAUAAAUUUGGAAAGUUCCAGAUUGGAUAAUUUAGAUACGUGGUAUCAAUUGACUCCAUACUGAUCAGUUAAAUGAUCAACUAUAAUUUUGUAAUCCUGUACAGUGAAGUUUAUAUUCUGUAAAUUUUAAUAUCUAUUUUCAAACACCAAAGAAAAUGAUUUCAUAGGGUUCAGGACUUGAAAAGGGUACACAUAUUUUAACUAAAGAAAUUUUGAAAAGGACCUUUAAAAUAUUUGAUAUUACAUUGGCAAUAUUUUAUUAAAUGAAUAGUGUCAGAUUCAGCAAUCUCCUCUUAUGGGUCUCAAGACUAUCUUCAGAAACCUGACUCACUCUGUGUGCGCGUGUUUAUUUGUCACGACUGUUACACAACCAUAGAUGGUUUGGUCGUACUCUGUGGCCUGAGCCCAUCGACUGGUUAUCUUGUGGUCGUGUCGCAAAAGCACAGUGUGAGCCAUGUUUGUGACAUCAUCAUCCCUUGUGCCAGGUCUGUGGUGACAUUAAAGCAGGAGUGCGCCUGCAUGGACAGUCCCCAGUUUGUGAGAACCAGACAGUCAGAGUUCCACCUUGAUGAGCACUGCCACAUGCCGCUCUGGCCCCCUGGCUUUGCAGGCAGCCUAUUUCUGCGACACGUUCCAGCCCACAAACAGCAGGUCGUCCCGUGAUUGGACAGACGUGAGAUCGAGUCCAGAAGAAGAAUUAAUUUCCCUUUUUCGGUCAUGUGUCUGUAUGACCCACGUUCUUCUCACUUAAUUCUUCAUCUUUGCCCGUUUUAUCCCUUCAUUGAGUUGUAUUUUGUAAAGAAUGGAUAGAAACUUGAACUGAAGUCAGCCGCAGAAGUAAAAUGUUUGAUAUUGUCAAGACAGGGUUAACAACGUGUUGUAAAUUUGCAAUCAGACUUUUUGACUUUGGUCCGCCAUAUAUUUCUAACACGCUUGUCCCUUGUAUUUAAUAUGACGUGUUUUUAUGUUUUGUAUGUUUGCAUUACACACUGUGAUUUGAUAACUUGCUUAACUGUGCAUACAGAGGUACCGAGGUUGCUCUCAGCCACAUGCAGAAGCCCGAUGCUCGAUUCCAUAGUGGAUGCAGAAUUGUGGUACUUGUACACUGACGUUGGGCGGUGUACUGUUGAAGUCUCAGAUCAGGAGAGCACAUGGAUCCAGUUAGCCCCUGAUGCAGAAUUAUGGUACUGUACUUACAUGACAUGAUGUUUGAAGUAAGUUGUAAGCUGCUGAGGUUCAUCCAAUUGACACUCCACCCCCUCCCCCCCUUCCCUUCCCAAACUAAUUGGCUCUUUCAGUCAUGUGACCUCAUCUUAUUUACUUGUGACAUGGUGUGUACACACAAUCAUGAAGAAAUCUGAAGAUCCAGUGGUAUAGCUACUAUUGUAUCCAGAAACGGUGUUCUCAGGGAACACCUUGAUUUGAAAUAGGCUUUACCUCAAUGCGUUGAAACAUUAAUAUCACAUUGUCAGGCUGGUUUGAAUUGCAUGGAAGUUGACAUGCAGCGAACGUUAUGACCAUUCUUUGACAAACCCAAGUGGAAGCUGGGACCUCAUUCUGAAUUUGCUCUUCACAUUGAGGGCAGCCACAGUAUGUACCUUACAACCCAAUCACCAGAGACCAUGUGGUAUCGCUAGGCAACAGUUUUAAGGUACAAGUGAUGUCACAAUUGUCCAUCACCAAUCCUGUACCACGGUUGAUAGUUUUUUUUUUCCAUUUUGUUUAUCAGCAAAAUGAAAACUGUACAUUCCACUCCCUAGUCUGAGAUUAGGUUGUCUUGCAGUCAGCUUGGCAGAGACGGUGUUUAUGUCACUCCCCAGGCUCUGUGUGUGGUGGACAUAAUACAGGGGACUCGUACAGUAGGGAAGCCCCGUUACCCCAAUCAGCAUUUGACAAUAGGAGCCCCUGCAGUCUCUCCUGGCAGACAUUUUGGAUGAGAUUACCAGUAGCCGCUGGUGUUCUGCUUGAACGUCUGUGUAUGCAAAAUGGAAAAAAACAUUUACUUGUUUCAUUUGUUUUUCCUCUCAUUCAUGAGUUCUGGACAACUCAUCAUGGUAUGUUUCUGUUACUAAAUGUAUUUUUGUUAUUUAAACUUUUUUAUAAUUAUUUUCAUAACAAGAAAAGCUCAUGUCUUAUUUCCUCUUUUUUAUUUGUUACUUUGAAAUAAUUUACAAUAAACGUUUUGCCAACUGUA